GCUGCUUCUAUAAAUACCACCAGCGAUUAAAUUUGGUGGACUAUUUACAGCGAAGCCUAUUGUCGAGCGCGAUCACAACAUGCUAAGGGAGCUAUUAUUAUUUAUUUGCAGCGUGCCAAUUAUCCUCGGUAUCAUAGUAACAGAUCCACCACCUACUGAUACGGAAUACAAAUACUCAUAUAAUAUUGAAGAUCCCACUACCGGAGACACAAAAAGUCAGUACGAAGUGAGACAUGGAGGCACUGUCAGCGGGGCUUAUUCUGUAAUAGAUCCAGACGGUACGAAACGCACCGUUGAAUACACAGCAGAUCCGAAGGAAGGAUUUAAAGCCGUUGUACGUAAAGAGCCUGCCGAGAAUGUUGUUUCUCAAAAAGAAUCUCAGUAUAUUCCCAAAGAAAAUACAUAUCAAUAUGACGCUCGAUACCAAGCAAAACCAGAUUAUGUGACAGAUGUACGAAUGGAAGACUCGGACAGACAUUCACAAAUCCAAUAUUACGACAAAGUGGAUUACGUUCAACAACCUGUAUAUUUUACGCCAGAAAACGAGCUGUCCUCGGAAGAUAAUACAUUUGCACAUGGUCAAUAUUUUAUACCUAAUAAUCAUUGAGAUACAAAAUCGUGCAUACAUCUUUCCUAAAAUUGUGAUAUUAUUGUAAGUUUAGGUUGAUACUUCAAUUAUGUGAAUUAUUAAUAUAAGAUAAUGCUGUGUAAAAGUAUUAUUUAAUGUAGUAACUGAUAUAGAGCGCUUGUUAAUUACAAAAUUAUUGUGUGUUUAGACUAAUUUAGUUUAGUAUUAAUAUUGACAAAAUUACAAAUUUAUUUCGAAAUAUUUCAAUCUUAAUAAACAAAUUAAUAAAAAAAAAUGGUUACGAUUUAAUAUAAUGUAUUAAAUAUUAUAAAUUAUCUAAAUACAAGGUACCUGAUAUGAUGAAAUUGUGAAUGAUUAAAAUGUAAAAUAUUUGUUAUACUAACGUAAUAAUACGAUUGCGAUUAAACGAUGUAUAAAUACACUGACAUCUGUUUACGAAAUCGGUAAGUACUAAGCCUUUCUCCGAGUACAUAUCAGUGUUCGUUUUGCUUAGUCAAAUGUUGCGAGUCAUUUGCGGUGAAUGUUUUAACUUACGAAUCCGAGGAAGGUUCAGUUUCUUAAACCUAAUAAAGAAAGUAAAAAUCAUACCAUUUCGACUUUACUUUUUCUAUUAUAUACUACUACGUGUAAACUUAAUUAAAUAUGAAUAAAAUUAUUUUUAAUCUAAUUAUAGAUCUUAUUUUAUUAAACAAAAUUAGAAC